CAUAGGCGGGUAAACGCCCCCACUCCAAACUGUCUCGAAAAGAGUCCAACUUUUUUUUCGAUACAUGUUACUGUUUUCUUCUUUUUGAGUGAUACGGGAACAAAGCGACGACAAGCCAGCUCGACAGAAUUGAUUUACUAGAGCCAGAAGCGGAGUCCUGUUGUGGCACGUGUUCGGGAGACAAGAGCCUGAGUUUGGUGCGCAUGCGCAUAUCGCUGUAUUGGCCACUUCCAACACCAGCAACAGCAUCAGGCUAACAGCAACAGGCAGCGACGGGAUGGAGUUUGAGGAGUCCGGUAUCGGCGAGGAGUGCGGGGUAUUCGGCUGUGUGGCGGCCGGAGAGUGGCCCACUCAGUUGGAGGUGGCUCAGGUGCUCACCCUAGGACUUGUGGCGUUGCAGCACAGAGGUCAAGAAAGUGCUGGGGUCGUCACAAGUGAUGGAGCCAGUCCACCGACAUACACAACCCUCAAGGGAAUGGGCUUGGUUAACAGCGCUUUCUCCCCUGAGGCACUCCUCAAACUGCGUUACGGCAACCUGGGCAUCUGUCACACGCGCUACUCCACCACUGGCAUGUCGGAGCUGCAGAAUUGCCAACCCUUUGUGGUGGACACCCUGCACGGCAAGAUAGCGGUGGCACACAACGGAGAGCUGGUCAACGCGCAUGCUCUGCGAAAAAAGGUUAUGCGUCAUGGUGUCGGCCUGUCCACCAGCUCCGAUAGCGAGCUCAUCACUCAGCUGUUGGCCUUCACUCCACCACUAGAGGAGUUAGACGCACCCAACUGGGUCGCCAGGAUUAAAAAUCUCAUGACGGAGACACCAACGUCGUACUCGCUGUUGGUGAUGUUCAAAGACGUCAUUUAUGCCGUGCGGGACCCCUAUGGAAACAGACCCCUCUGCAUCGGACGUGUGGUUCCCAUUUCCAAACUGCACAAAUCAGGUGGCAGUGAGGCGGACACUGAGGGCUGGGUCGUGUCCUCAGAGUCCUGCAGCUUCCAGUCCAUUGGCGCUAAGUAUUACAGAGAGGUCCUCCCGGGAGAGAUAGUCCAGAUAUCCCGACACGGAGUGAAGUCUUUGAGUGUUGUGCCUCGUCGUGAAGGGGAUCUUCCUGCCUUUUGCAUAUUUGAAUAUGUUUAUUUUGCCAGACCUGAUUCCAUUUUUGAAGGACAGAUGGUCUACACCGUCAGGCAGCGCUGCGGUCGACAGUUGGCCAUCGAGGCCCCAACGGACGCAGAUGUGGUCAGCACCGUUCCCGAGUCGGCCACCCCUGCCGCACUGGGUUAUGCCGAGCAGUCUGGCCUGCCCUACAUCGAAGUCUUGUGCAAGAACCGGUAUGUCGGGAGAACCUUCAUCCAGCCUAACACCCGUCUCAGGCAGUUGGGCGUUGCCAAGAAGUUUGGCGCCCUGACAGACAACUUUGCCGGAAAGCGGGUGGUGCUGAUUGAUGACUCCAUCGUCAGGGGCAACACCAUCUCACCCAUAAUAAAACUACUUAAGGAGGCGGGCGCAACAGAGGUCCAUAUCAGAGUGGCUUCUCCUCCCAUUAAGUUCCCUUGUUACAUGGGCAUCAAUAUUCCCACGAAAGAGGAACUCAUCGCGAACAAGCCAGAGUUCCAGGACAUCGCCGGAUACAUUGGUGCCGACAGCGUGCAGUACCUGAGUGUAGAUGGGCUGGUGACAGCGGUGCAGAAGGGAAUCGCCUCCCUGCAGAGUGGAGAGGUGAUUGAACCUACAUACAAGUCUGGUGGUAGGGUGGGUCACUGCACUGCAUGUCUGACUGGCAAGUAUCCUGUGGAACUGGAGUGGUAAACUGGCAAGCCGUGUUACAUGUCACACACUCCUUCAGUAAAACUUGCCCAUGUUACAAGAUGAGUGCUCCUACUGACCUCUAGUGGUUGGGCUAAUCUGUUGAUUCAUGUAAAUAUAACAUUACUUUAGUUGGCUGUUUUAUGACAGACCUUGCCAUUUUUGUAAAAAAAAAAAAAAAAAAAAAUUUUUAAUGCACAAAUCAGUGACCAAAGAUUUUCCUUCAUGUUUGAACAUGAGUUUUGAACUAAAAUGAGUAACUGUCUACAGCAUCCUGGUAUUCCUGAAUAUGUUGCAUUAAUAUCACGCUGUUCUGUUACAUAUACAAUACGUGAGGGGUGAGGGUAUAAUAAACACUGACUGAAUUCAACCUAAAGCGCAGAAUGUUUUUAUUUAAACCAACCAAUUACUAAUAAUACAAAGUAUGCACAAAUGCAAUUACAGUGAACAUGAAUAAAAUAUUUGAAUGUAAAAUUGACAAGACAAUGAAGGACUUUUACAACAGCUUGAG